AUGGAUUUUUAUGAAACUCAUUCUCUAGGGAAAGUGAAUUUGUCCAGCAAAAGGCCUGUCUUGGUUCUUCAGAAUGAUACCCUCUAUUCCCAGAGGCGACCAUACACUAGUGAGGAUGAAGCCUGGAAGUCCUUUCUUGAAAACCCCCUUACAGCAGCUACCAAAGCCAUGAUGAGCAUCAAUGGGGAUGAGGACAGUGCGGCUGCUUUGGGCCUCUUGUACGACUACUACAAGGUUCCCCGGGAAAGGAGAACUUCUACAGUGAAACCAGAUGUAGACCAGUCUGAUCAAGAUCAUGGGAAAAGGAACAGUAUGCCAAACAUGACGGAGCAAUCACUUAUUUCUGCUGGGGAGAACAGAGUGCAAGUCUUGAAAAACAUGCCUUUGAAUAUUGUCCUUCCACACAGUUCCCAGAUGGGCAUUGACAAGAGGGGCCACCUGACGACUCCAGAUACUACAGUCACUGUCUCCGUUGCAUCGAUGCCCACCCAUUCAAUCAAGACAGAGACUCAGUCGCAUAGUUUUACUGUGGGGAUCCCUCCAAGUGUCUAUCACCCAGAAGCACCUGAGAGGGUGGUGGUUUUAGAUCGGAGCCUCAAUGCUGACCAGUUUAGCACUAACAGCCAGCCGCAAAAUUCCCAGCGACGUACUCCUGAUUCCACCUUCUCAGAGUCUUUUAAAGAAGGUGUGCAAGAGGUUUUUUUCCCUUCUGAACUGAAUCUUCGGAUGGCCAACGUGAAUUCUGAAGACUAUGUCUUUGAAAGCAUUGCUGGGAACAACUUUGAAUAUACACUGGAAGCUUCAAAAUCACUUCGGCAGAAGCCAGGAGAUAAUACAAUGACUUAUCUAAACAAGGGCCAGUUUUAUCCCAUUAUACUGAAGGAAAUUAGUGGUGGCGAAGGAAUCCAUCAGCCCAUCAGUAAAGUUAGAAGCGUCAUCAUGGUUGUAUUUGCUGAAGACAAAACCCGGGAGGAUCAGCUCAGGCACUGGAAGUACUGGCAUUCCAGGCAACACACAGCCAAACAAAGGUGCAUUGACAUAGCUGACUAUAAGGAGAGCUUCAACACCAUAAGUAAUAUUGAAGAGAUAGCCUAUAAUGCCAUCUCCUUCACUUGGGACAUUAAUGAUGAAGCAAAGGUCUUCAUUGCUGUGAACUGCCUCAGUACAGAUUUCUCCUCACAAAAAGGGGUUAAAGGACUCCCUCUGAAUCUUCAGAUUGACACCUACAGCUACAACAACAGGAGCAACAAACCCAUCCACAGAGCUUACUGCCAGAUUAAAGUCUUUUGUGACAAGGGAGCAGAAAGGAAGAUCCGGGAUGAAGAACGGAAGCAGAGCAAAAGAAAAGGCAAGUGCAGUGACCCCAGCUCUCAGCUGAAUGCCUUUUCUGAUGUCAAGGUGCCCAUGCUUCCCUCCCACAAGCGUACAGACAUCACCAUCUUCAAGCCAUUUAUGGAUCUUGAUACUCAGCCAGUUCUCUUCAUACCUGAUGUUCACUAUUCAAAUAUUCAGCGUGGAGCUCACGCUUUUUCUGUUGCAUCUGAUGAAAUGGAGGGAGAAGGGUCUACCAUGAAGAGGGGGGCUUACAUAAAUGAAGAUGAAUUUGCUGCUAGUCCAAUUAAGAUAUCUCGAAUAGAAGAACCAAAAAGAGUGUUGUUGUAUGUCCGGAAGGAAUCAGAAGAAGUCUUUGAUGCACUUAUGCUUAAGGCUCCAUCUCUGAAAGGUCUAAUGGAAGCUAUAUCUGACAAAUAUGAUGUUCCCUUGGAUAAAAUAGGAAAAGUCUUCAAGAAAUGUAAAAAAGGUAUUUUAGUGAAUAUGGAUGACAAUAUUGUGAAGCAUUAUUCCAAUGAAGACACCUUCCUGUUACAGAUAGAAGAAGCUGCUGGAUCUUACAAACUCACUCUUACUGAAAUCUGAAACCUAAUUUGUUGGGCUCCUUGUGGGGUCUUUCAGUGAAGGCUCUGAAUACAAAACCUCUUUUGCUUUUAUCCUCAGGAUUUAAAUGCGUUUUUAUGGAAGAAGCCAUUUGAUUCUUCCAAAGAAGAAUACCUUUUAAAAAACAAACAAACAAGAAUUAUCAAUUGAUAAAUCUAGCCUUUUGGCUGCAACGCUGCACUUGAAACAGAUGAACAUAAGAGACUGAAUUUUUUUUUUAAAAAAUGAAAUUUGCAUUUGUAACUGAAGCACAAUUAAAAUGAACUUCUUGUUAUAUUAUCAACACAUUCCUUUACCCAUUAAAUAUGUGUGUAGGUUGGUUUAUCAGCUCAGAGCUUCCAAACUCCUUUGGUGCUUAUUGGAGUUUCAGAGAAGUGUAGGACUGGAUCGUUGUGAUGUUUACAGUUGCCCGGGGCAUAGAACUAUUAUUUCCUGCUACAAUUUCUCGUACCUUGCUUUAUGAAGAACUUUCUUUAAUUGUAUGUAUCCUACUGAUGAACUAUAUCUGUAUAUAAGCGUGGUGUAUUUUGAAGGGUUGUAAAUGUGUACAUAGAUCAUAUAUAUAAAAUGCAGGAUAUACAGAGAUAUGAUUAAAUAUGUAUGUGUGUGAGUAACCUAGAGCAUAUGGCAAAGCCAAUCUGAAAAGACUACAUGUAUAUAAAUAUAUCACUAAGAAAAGCAAUCUUGGUGCUAAAUUAAAUUUAUGUUGAGCAUGUUCAGUCUCUAGUAAGGGGAAAUAGCUAAAAGGACCUUUUUUGCUUAGCAUAUUUAAUUUUUUUUUAUUAUUAGAGUCUGAUAUGAGGCUAGCUCAUAUACCCUAUGAUUAUAACUGAAGAAGCAUGAAGCAUCAAAACUGAUGUUAGUGACUUUGGGCUUCAGUUCUCACAGCAUUUUCAAACUUUAUUCUUUUUUUUGUUCCAAAAUGUAGAUGCGUAUCAUUUUAAUACAUGAAACAGAGAUUGUUUUCUCACUAUUUUCCAUUAUAAUUUAGAGUCCAUUUGCAAGGUGCAUUUAGGUUUCCAAAAAUAAGCUCUCCAAGCUGCUGCCAAACACUAAUAUCCUGGUUCAUACAACAGGUUAAGCCAUUAUGUAGUGUGUUUUGUGCAGGGAUUUGCAUGUUGUGCAAACCCCAAAAUGGCAGUUUAAGAAGGCUGUGAUUUAGUCAGCAAAAUGUGAUUACAAAAAAUAUGAUUUAAGAUAAUGUAUGAGCCAGACAGCAUAAUGCAGUGUUGUCCAAACUUGGCCACUUUAAGAUGAGUGGACUUC